GACUGCUCUGCUCCCGUUUGCUCGCUGGGCCCGGCCCGUCCUCGCCCCCGCCUCGGCCCGCUGAGCUCGCCCUCUCCCCACCCGCAGACAUGUCCAAGGCCAAGAACGGCCCCGAGUACGCCUCCUUUUUCGCGGUCACGGGCGCCUCAGCCACUAUGGUCUUCGGCACCCUGGGUACCGCCUAUGGUACAGCCAAGAGUGGCACCGGCAUCGCGGCCAUGUCCGUCAUGCGGCCAGAACUGAUCAUGAAGCCCAUCAUCCCAGUGGUCAUGGCUGGUAUCAUCGCCAUCUAUGGGCUGGUGGUGGCAGUCUUCAUCACUAAUUCCCUGAAUGAUGGCAUCAGCCUCUACAGGAGUUUCCUCCAGUUGGGUGCUGGCCUGAGUGUGGGCCUGAGCGGGCUGGCGGCUGGCUUUGCCAUUGGCAUCGUGGGGGACGCUGGUGUGCGUGGCACCGCCCAGCAGCCCCGGCUAUUUGUGGACAUGACCCUGAUCCUCAUCUUCGCCGAGGGGUUCGGCCUCUACGGUCUCAUUGUUGCCCUCCUCCUCUCCACAAAGUAGCCCCUCUCCGAGCGCGCCAGUCACAGAAUAUGAUGUAAUGCCCAACCCCUCAUUCCAAAAUGAACAGCCUGACACACAUGCACGGGGUAGCUGCCCCCCCCCUCGAUAGCUGGUCUUGUAAAUGCGCAGUGUCCCAGUGCCCAUCGUCUGUUACCCCGGCCUUGCCCCCACCCGCCCCGUGCCGUGGACAUCUGGGCCCACUUGUUACCCAUCCAGGCCCCCGACCAGUGAGGAUGCAGGCCUCUGCCUCCCCCACUCAUCUGCCCUAGAGUGCUCUGUGUAUAAGGAUGAAUUAGAGUUGUCAUUUUCUCUUCACUGGAUGUUGAUUAUUUAUAAAGAUUUGAUCUCUUCAU